UCCCUAAGUUGGAUGUUGCAGCUGUGCAAAAAGAAAUGUACGCCGACCUUUCAGUCGUCUACACUGACCUCAGAGAUCUGCUGCUGCUAGCUGACGUCAGCACUAUCUACACCACCCCUGUUGAGAGUUUCUCCAUGACAACCACCAGCCCUCAGAGUGCCACAGCAACAUCCAACUCUGUCUCAACCUCCACCUUUAACACCGCUUCAAGCUCUACGUUCACCCAACUAACAACACUGAAAACAACUAUUACUACAACUUUUACUACCAGAGGAGUGACAACCUACACCAUUACCAGAACCCCUGCAAAUGUCUCUGGUCCCUCUGAACUUUAUUUCGAAGUCAAGGUGAACGUCUCUAUAAAAGGACACUGCGACCCACAGGCGAUCCUCCCUAACUGGCUUAACAUGAGUCUCCCUGAUGACUUAAUGAUGGUGCUGGACCUGCAGCUGCUGCCCCAUACAGAGAGAGAAAGCUUCAUUUUCCAGGUCCAAGUGUCAGUGCAACAGUCAGACACACAGGAAAUGGAAGACCAAAUACGGCACUGCCUGCUGAUGCCAUAUGACAAUGGGUCGGUCUCCAUAGCAACACAAGACGUACAGAUAAGUCGCAUAUUUGUUUUUCAGUGUGAUGCUGAAACCCAGCAGACGCUAAAAGGCCUGUUCCAGUGGCCUAGCACUAUGGGAGGCAGAUAUGCUGUAUGCGCAUGCCCAAAAAACCCUCAGCGCUUUGCUGUCCGACUCUGCAAACUGUCCCUGAGUACUCACUGGUUGGAGCCAGACGAUGAAGACUGCCCCCCAGUGGUAGAAACUAUACUUGAUCUGGACACUAUUGAAGUCACUCCUGAGAACGCCCUCAAUGUGUUGGAGAUGAUUGAGGAUCUACUGAGAAACCAGUCGAGUCUCAUGUACGAAGAGCUGGUCACAGUCCUCAACAAGCUGAAGGUCAUCAUCAGGGUCAGCGUGGUCACGCCGCAACUUGGCCAAGCUCUGAUCAACGUCAUCUCAGACAUACUGGAAACAAACAGCAACCUGACACCUUUUACAAACACUAUUCUCAACAUCACAGAGGAGGUUGGAGACAUGAUGGUGGGCUACGAGGGCUCCUACACCCUGUGUGCUCGAGCAGUCGCUAUCUCAGUGGUGGAUGUAGUUCCUGGACAGACCAGCAGCUUAAGCUUUGGAGUUUUGUCUAACUGGACCGACAUGAAACCAGAGAUUUUUAUUAACAGGUAUCCUACAGACGGCACUGUGGCUUUCAUUUCCCUGCCCUCUGUCCUGCAAAAGAACUUUGCACAAUACGGUGUGAACCAGAAACACCCUAGAAUCCAGUUUCAGUUCUACGCCAACCCACUGCUCUUUCCGAGCCAUAAAGAGAGGCCCAUCCUCAACACCUUUGUGGUAUCGGCCAGUGUGACCAACGGCAGCUCCCCAAUCAAAGACCUUCCUGAAGACGUUACCAUCAUGCUGCACCAUUUACAGCCCAACAGAUAUGAUAAAGAAGUCCAGUGUGUGUACUGGAACUUCAAUAAAAAUAAUGGGAAUGGGGACUGGGAUGAUCACGGCUGCAGAAAAUACAACAGCACUGCUGGCAACACGACGUGCCUCUGCAAUCAUCUCACACACUUUGGAGUUCUUCUAGAUGUCUCCAGGACUCAGCUGGACCCGGCUAACGAGCAGAUCCUGACCAUUAUCACCUAUGCUGGUUGUGGAGUCUCAUCUCUGUUCUUAGGAAUCACCCUUCUCACAUAUAUGGCCUUUGAAAAGCUUCGUAGAGAUUACCCCUCUCAGAUCCUCAUAAACCUCUCUUUGGCCCUGCUGGGGUUGAAUCUGGUCUUUCUGCUCAACUCCUGGUUGUCUUCCUGGGGUCUGUAUGGCCUCUGUGUGGCAGCAGCAUCCAUGCUGCACUACUUCCUCCUGGCAUCCUUCACCUGGAUGGGGUUGGAGGCCAUCAACAUGUAUUUCGCCCUUGUUAAAGUCUUCAACGUCUAUGUCCCCUCCUAUAUCCUCAAGUUCUGUGCUCUUGGAUGGGGGAUUCCUCUGGUAAUCUGCGUCACGGUUCUCAUUGUAAAUCGAGAUGCAUACGGCGGUCAACUCUACACAGAUGCUGAUUCAACUUUAAAGCCUUUGGACAACUCCGACACCUUCUGCUGGCUUCAGGAUGAUGUGACAUUCUUUGUGUCUGUGGUUGCCUACGCUGGGCUGAUUUGUCUCUUCAACAUCGGGGUUUUUGUCGUAGUACUGAUUCAGAUUCGCCGUAUGCGUUUCAACAGCCCGGCAGGGACCCGGAGAGGGCUUCUUCAGGACCUGAAGGGAGUAGCUAGUCUCACCUUUUUACUUGGACUAACGUGGACUGUAGGCUUCUUCACCUGGGGACCAGCAAGAGUAGUUCUGCUGUACCUGUUCUCUGGGUUGAACACAUUGCAAGGGCUUUUUGUCUUCCUGUUCCACUGUCUGUUAAAGGAGAACGUGAGGAAACAGUGGAGGGCCUAUCUCUGUUUUGGACGAUUUCGCCUUGACGAGAACUCUGAGUGGAGCAAUUCAGCAUCUGUUAGAGUCCUCGCAAAGCCAAAAGAAAAACGUUCAAGAGCAGCAGUACCAUCAGUUCGUUCUGUCAAUUCCAACUCAACAGAGAGCACGUCAGCUUCUUCUGACUCCAGCCAGAGAGACUCAUUCUGCAAGAGGCCAAACCUUGAUCUUUUUGUGAACAGUGUGGUUCUUCCUCAAGCUCAGACCGGAGCCACGGAUACACAAGCUCUGUCUUUCUACAAGGAGAUGAAUCUGACAUCUGGCUAAACGUCCAACCAUGAUAAUUUAACAAUACCAAUGUGCUGACCUCCACAUGUCCCAUUAUAUUAAAGCAGCUUAAUUUUUCCGCCUUUCAGAAGAAGGCUGACAGGUUUAUUAGUAAAAGCAAUGCACACAGCUUCAUCAGCUAAGUUUUCAACACACUUCUAUUGCUGGUUUUGUUUCCGGAAAAUAUUGUAAAAGAACCUGUAAUUUUAACGAGUCGAGCAAAUGAACCAACACCAAGGAGGAGUUGGUUGCCAAGCAACUGGUGAGCGGUGCAAUGGUGACAAUAAAUUGAGGAGCAUUUUGUGUAAAAGAAUAAAAUACCAAAUUUAACAUUACAGGUUCAGCUCUUUAUGAAUAUUGUUCAAUUUUGAU